UAUAUAUAUGUAUAUAUAUAUAUUAAAUUAAAAAUAAAAACAAAAGUAUUGUUGUAAAAAUACUUUCAUGGUUAAUAUGUAUGGAAUUAGAAUAUGUGAGAUAUAAUUGUUACGCAAUCGACCGCGUUGAUUUAAUUACGUUAAAAUUGUGGUUAUAAAAUAAAAUAUUUUGAUGAAACAUGAAUAAGAAAGAAAAUAAACGAAAUAAUGGAUCAAAAAUUAUUAUAGAUGACAAAAAUGAUGAUAAUAAUUCGCAACAAAUUUCUUUAAGCGAAGUAGAUAAAAAUUCAGAGGAAGAACUGCUGCAUCAUGUAGCAAAAAGUAAGGCAAUUUUUAAGAGUCAACAAAAAGAUGAUCCAGAUUUAACUUUUGAAGAAAAACUAAUAAUUGCCCGUGAUAUACUUCGAAAAAGUUAUUGUUUAUUUUUAUCCAAGUUUGGUCGCUAUAUGAAGAAAGAACAUUUAAAAUUUUUUGCAAAAAGUAAAAAUGAAGAUUAUGAAAUCGCUUAUUACUUCAAUAAAUUACAAAGAUAUUUCGAUAGUUCGACGAGACAAAUUGAUGUGAAAAAUAGAAGAUACCAAGCUUUAAAGACUUUAAUAGAAGAAGGAGAGUAUUUCAGUGAAUCUGAGAUGAUGAAAAGAAAUCCAUUGUUGUAUGAACAUUUAAUUGGACGAUACAUGACUGAAAAACAAAAAAGACUUAGAGAUAAUAUAGAUACUAAAAAUAUUACUUUUGUGAAUUUAUUAAUGGAAAAUAUUGAAAGGGAUAAUUUAAAGAUGAAACAAAAAUUACAAGAGGAAGAAGAACAAAAUGUACUGGAGGAAAAUGAUACGGAUGAAGAGCAAGAAAGUAUGUAUGCUUUGAAAAAUUAUAAAAAAAAAGCUACGUAUUGGGCUGUAAUGCCUAUUGUAGAGAAUGAAGUUCAACGUAGAAACGAAGCAAUAAAAAAUCCAUGUUGUAUUUCAAAAUCCGAAAAGCAAGUACUUAAACAAGAAUUUGUCACAAAUAUGUACCAAAAUUUUUUGGAUGGAAAAGAUAUAGAUUUUGAUUACAGGACUGUUGAUGAAAAUGAAGCAUAUGAUAACAUAGACAUAAGAACACAGGAUGAAGAAGAUGAAUAUUUUGAUUCGGAAUCACCUGAAACUGUAGGUUCUAUCGAAGAUACGAAUGAAAUUGAGACCGAGGAUGAAUUGGAUAUUUAUAUGAAAUCGUUGAAGCCCAUGACACCUGCCAUAACUGGAGUAGAAGAGCAAGAAAAAUUACUCGAAGAUGCAAUUGGUGUGGUCAAAGUACAGGCUUUUCAAAUGAAACAUUGUCUGGAUAAGUCUAAGUUGAUGGAUGCGUUAAAGCAUGCGUCUACAAUGUUGGGAGAACUCAGAACAUCUCUGUUGAGUCCAAAGAAUAUGGCCAUUACUGAUGAAUUGAGGCAUUUAGAACUUUAUUUGUUAGAUGAAUUUCAGAAAGGAAGGAAAGUUACAGAUUUAUAUGAAUUGGUGCAAUAUGUUGGAAAUAUCGUACCCAGGCUAUAUCUACUUAUCACAGUUGGAUUGGUAUAUAUUAAAACAACACCUGGCUUAAAGAGAGAUUUAUUAAGAGAUUUGGUAGAAAUGUGUAGAGGGGUUCAACAUCCUUUGAGGGGUCUGUUUUUAAGAAAUUAUUUAUUACAAUGUACGCGUAACAUUUUACCAGAUGUUGCCGAAGAGGAUGAUGAAGAUGGAAGCGUUCGUGACAGUAUAGAUUUUGUCUUGAUGAAUUUCGCGGAAAUGAAUAAAUUAUGGGUACGCAUGCAACAUCAAGGUCAUACUAGAGACAGAGAAAGAAGAGAAAGAGAAAGAGAAGAACUUAGAAUAUUAGUGGGAACUAAUCUUGUACGACUUAGCCAAUUGGAAUCGGUCACUUUGGAGAAAUACAAAAAGGUUUUUCCCGAUGAAUUUCAUCUACAAACCUUGAAUGCAUUUUUAAAAUCUUGUGCCGAGUUGCAAAAUGGUGUAAAUGUGAAAAAUAUAAUUAUUUCAUUGAUAGACCGUCUUGCGGCAUUUAGUCAAAGAUCGGAUGGCGUAGGAGGACCGGGAAGUCCUAAUCAAGUACCAGGAAUUCCACAAGAUACUAGGCAAGAUAUGCCUCCGGAGGACGUAGUUUCUCUUCAAGUAGCCCUUAUUAAUUUGGCACACAAGUGUUAUCCUGAUAGAGUGAAUUAUGUGGAUAAAGUUUUAUUAACAACUGUUCAAAUAUUUCAAAAGCAGAAUGUAGAUAAGCUGGAGUAUAAUAGUGCUGUAUCAAGAGAAUUAGUAAGACUUAUGAAAAUUCCAGUAGAUAAUUAUAAAAACAUAUUAACUGUUUUGAAGCUCGAACAUUUUGCUCCGUUGUUAGAUUAUUUUGACUAUGAAGGCAGAAAGUUAUUAGCUAUUUAUAUAAUAACAAACAUAUUAGAAAACGAGACGUUAAUACCAACUCAAGAACAAGUAGAUGCAGUUCUUUCUAUGGUGUCUCCGUUGGUGCAAGACCAACCGGAUCAACCCAAUAUGGAAGAAGAUCCUGAAGAUUUUGCAGAAGAACAAGGUCUUCUUGGUAGACUGAUACAUCAUUUCAAGUCUGAGACAGCUGAUCAACAAUAUAUGAUAUUAAGUGCUGCUAGAAAACACUUUAGUGCUGGUGGAAAUAAAAGAAUUAAAUAUACUCUACCGCCAAUUGUAUUUCAAGCUUAUCAGCUUGCUUUUAUAUAUAAAGGAUUAAAAGAUCAAGUUACUUUGAUGAAGGCCGAAUUGGCUGAAUUACCAUUGAGGCUAUUUCUUCAAGGAGCAAUAGCGAUAGGAGAAAUUCGUUUUGAUAAUUUUGAAAUGGUAGCUUAUGAAUUUAUGAGUCAAGCAUUUUCAAUAUAUGAAGAUGAGAUUAGCGAUUCUAAAGCACAGUUGGCAGCUAUUACAUUGAUCGUUGCUACGUUUGAACAAAUGAGUUGUUUUUGCGAAGAAAAUGCGGAACCGAUACGUAAUCAGUGUGUUUUGUAUGCUAGCAAAUUAUUAAGAAAACCAGAUCAAUGUAGAGGUAUUGCUACUUGUUCUCAUAUAUUUUGGUCUGGAAAAUCAUUGGCAACAGGUGGAAAGGAGAUGCAAAAUAGAUUUAAGGUAUUGGACUGUUUGAGGAAAGGUAUCAGAAUAGCAAGUCAGUGCAUGGAUACUUCGGUUCAAGUACAACUUUACGUUGAACUCUUAAAUCAUUACAUUUAUUUUUAUGAGAAAGGCAAUACUACGUUCACUGUUGACAUUGUAAAUCAAGUCGUUGCAAAAAUUAAGGAAGAACUUCCUAACUUGGAAGUUAGUGAAGAAACGGAACAAAUUCAAAAACAUUUAGCUAAUACGUUGGAACAUUUGAGAAAUAGAAUGGAAUCUCCAGAAGCGGAUGGUUUAACUAACUCGCCGUCAUUUCUGACAUAUCGAUUUAAGAUAUUUGAUUGGAUUUUCUCUGUUGCUAUUUUUAAGAUAUGUUGUUAUGAAAUCUUGAUCAUCUUUUAUUUCUAG